UUUUUUCACAUUUUAAUUUGUCCCAAUUAGGAAAAUUAAGUGCAUCUAUCUACAAAAUUUCGAACUUAACACGAAAAGUCAUUAAAAAGAUUUAAUAGUUUAAAACAUAGUUUAUAAACCCAUUCAAUUAAGCUGCUGUUCUGAAGUAUUGGUCCUUAUCUUACACACUCGUUACUACGAACAACUUAUACAAUGUCAUACGAAAGAGGUGAAGUCUAUGGAGCUCAAGUCUUACAAGGAGAAGAUCCUCAAGAUAGUUCUCUUAAUGAAAUCACCAAAGCUUUCCGUUCAUUCAUUUUAGAAUUCAGAUUAGACACUCGUUUCAUAUACAGAGAUCAAUUAAGAGAAAACUUAUUGAUCAAGAACUACUUCUUAAGAGUUAAUUCAGAACAUCUUAUUGGGUUUAAUGAAGAAUUAAAUAAAAAAUUAACUGAUGAUCCAGCUGAGAUGAUCCCAUUAUUUGAAAAUGCUAUAACUGAUAUUGCUAAAAGAAUUGCUUAUUUAUCAACUAAUGAUGUUCCAGCAGAUUUCCCUCAUUGUCAAUUAAUCUUAUUAUCCAAUGCUAGUAAAACUUCAAUUAGAGAUUUGGAUUCAGAACAUAUUGCUAAAAUUGUGAGAGUUAGUGGUAUCAUUAUUUCUGCUUCAGUUUUAUCAUCAAGAGCCACUCAAGUUCAAUUGAUUUGUCGUUCAUGUAAACACACUCUUAGAUUACCUAUUAAAUCAGGUUUUGGUCAAGUGAAUUUACCUAGUAGAUGUCAAAAGGAACAAACAGAUACAACUCAAGAAAAAUGUCCUUAUGAUCCUUAUGUUAUAGCCCAUGAUAAAUCUACUUUUGUUGAUCAACAAGUUUUAAAAUUACAAGAAUCUCCAGAUAUGGUUCCAGUUGGAGAAAUGCCAAGACAUAUUCUCUUACAAGCUGAUAGAUACUUAGCCAAUCAAGUGGUUCCAGGUACAAGAGUUACUAUCAUUGGUAUAUAUUCUAUUUUCCAAUCCAAACAAAAAGGUAACAAUAACGGUGGUGGAGGAAAUGUCGCUAUUCGUAAUCCAUACUUGAAAGUAUUGGGUAUUCAAACCGAUGUCGAUAUUGGUAUCAAUGGACAAGGUACUGUUUUCACUGAAGAAGAAGAAGAAGAAUUCUUAAAAUUAUCAAGGUUACCUAAUUUAUACGAAGUGUUUGCUAAUUCAAUUGCUCCUUCAAUUUAUGGAAAUGAAGAUAUUAAAAAAGCCAUCUCAUGUUUAUUAGUAGGUGGAUCUAAAAAAGUCUUACCAGAUGGAAUGAGAUUAAGAGGUGAUAUUAAUGUAUUGUUAUUAGGUGAUCCUGGUACUGCUAAAUCCCAAUUAUUAAAGUUUGUCGAAAAAAUUGCUCCGAUCUCAGUUUAUACAUCAGGUAAGGGUUCAUCAGCAGCUGGUUUAACUGCUUCUGUGCAAAGAGAUCCUCAAACUAGAGAUUUCUAUCUUGAAGGUGGUGCUAUGGUUUUAGCUGAUGGUGGUGUUGUUUGUAUUGAUGAAUUUGAUAAAAUGAGAGAUGAAGAUAGAGUGGCUAUUCAUGAAGCUAUGGAACAACAAACUAUCUCUAUUGCUAAAGCUGGUAUUACUACCAUUUUAAAUUCCAGAACAUCAGUAUUGGCAGCUGCUAAUCCUGUGUUUGGUAGAUAUGAUGAUUCUAAGAGUCCAGGUGAAAAUAUUGAUUUCCAAAGUACAAUUUUAUCCAGAUUUGAUAUGAUCUUUAUUGUUAAGGAUGAACAUAAUGAAAGUAGAGAUAUUUCUAUCGCUCAACAUGUUAUGAAUGUUCAUACUGGUGGUAAAACUCAAGAACAACUUCAAGAAGGUGAAAUUCCAAUUGAAACCAUGAGAAGAUAUAUUCAAUAUGUCAAACAAAGAUCAGCUCCAAGAUUAUCUCCUGAUGCAGCUGAAAGAUUAUCAUCACAUUUCGUUUCAAUUAGACGUAAAUUACAAAUCAAUGAAUCAGAUAUGAAUGAAAGGUCUUCAAUUCCAAUUACUGUCAGACAAUUGGAAGCUAUUAUACGUAUAACUGAAUCCUUAGCUAAAUUAAAAUUGUCACCAGUAGCUACCGAAGAACAUGUUGAAGAAGCCAUUAGAUUGUUUACUGCUUCUACUAUGGAUGCUGUUGAUCAAGGUAUUGCUGGUGAUGGUUCCGGAAAUCCUCAAUUUACCGCAGAAAUUAGAAGAGUUGAACAAGAAUUAAAGAGACGUUUACCUUUAGGUUUCUCAACUGCUUAUAGUACUUUAAGAAGAGAAUUUGUUGAGAGUGGUAAGACCAGUGUGGCAGCCUUGAAUAGGGCUUUAGAUAUACUACAAAAACAUGAAUCCAUUAGAUUUAGACAUCAAGGUAAGAAUAUCUUACGUGUGGGUGUAUGAGUCUAGUUUCUUCUUGUAAUCUCUAAUUUCAUUUCUUCAUUGUAAUAAUAGCUUAGUUUAUAUUUUGAAAAUACAUAUUGUACAUUAAACCUGAUAUACCAUAGAUGAUAUA